AUGGCUGUGCUCACCCUGCUCCGGACAGGUAGAGACAGUGAGAUCGCCGUCAACGAAAAGCAAGGGUCCUUGAGAGAGUCACGGCCAAGUUUACACUCCUUUAUGGGGACUGCAAUCAAGAAAACAGGAGAUGGGAACUUGUUUGCCAGCCGCCAGGAGGGUGCACACAUGGGUGCCCGGCUCCAGGUGCCGACGCCCUGUUGGGUCCUCGCAGAGCCUCCUCCACCUGAUCACCUGUUGCUGCCCGCCCUGCAGUCCUUCGGUGGCUCAGACUUCAAAUUGGAUAUGGACAAGGAACUGGAAGUGGAAAGUGAUAGAGAGGGAGUCCCAGAAGAACCGAAAAUGAGUCCAGAGAAACAAGAAGAAACCAGUCAAGGUGAUGUCAAUGAAUUCUUGGACCCAGCACGUAUCCAGGAGAAGGCCUUGGCCCGUGAGGUAAACAACAUACAGCACAUGCCUGCAGAGGAGUCCAGAGGUCCACAGCCCAAGGACAUAUUCCCCCCUGUAUGUGGCGGUAGCAUCUCUAAUUCCUCAGCAAAAACCAUAGAGCCCAAGCAGGCUGACAACCCCAGUUUUUCAGCAAAACCCAUCCUGCCCAAGCAGGCUGAUACUCCAAGUUUGUCAGCAAGAACAAUCCCACCCAAGCAGGCUGACACCCCCAACUCCCCAGAAAAAAUUAUCCCACUCAAGCAGACUGACAUCUUCAAUUUCUCAGCAAAACCCCUAUCACCCGAGCAGGCUGACACCUCCAGUUUUUUAACAAAAGUCAUCCCACCUAAGCAGGGUGAUACUUCCAAUUCCCCAACUAAAACCACCCCAUACAAACAGACUGAUAUCCUCAAUUCCCCAGCCAAAACCAUCCUACCCAAGGAGGCUGACACCCCCAAUUUUUCAGCAAGAACCAGCCCCCCCAAGCAGGCUCACACCCCCAAUUUUUCAGCAAAAAUCAUCCCAUCCAAGCAGGCUGACACCCUCCAUUCUUUAGAAAAAAUUAUCCCACCCAAGCAAGAUGAUAUCCCCAAUUCCUCAGAAAAAAUCACCCUGCCAAAGGAAGAUGGCACAUCUGCUUCUUCAGAAAAGAACAUCCCACCCAAGCAGGGUGACACCAAUUCCCCAGUAAAAUCCAUCCUGCCUAAGCAGGGCAAUAACCCCAAGUUCUUAGCAAAAUCCAUUCUGCCCAAAGGGGCCAACACCCCCAAGUUGUCAGCAAAAGCUUUCCAGUCUAAGCAGGUCAACAGCCCCAAGGUCUUAGCAAAAACCAUCCGGUCCAAGCACAGUCACACUUCCAAGUCCUCAGAGGAAAGCCUCCUGCCCAGAGAGGAUGACACCAAGUCCUCAGAAGAUACCAUCCACCCCAAGGAGGGUGACAUCCUCAAGUCCUCAAAAGAAACCAUCCAGUCCAAGGAGGGUGACAUUCCCAAGUCCUCAGAAGAAGCCAUCCAUCCCAUAGAAGGCAGUGUCCAGAAGCCAUCAGAGACAAUGGAACUCUUGGAGGUGGACUUGGUGAAAGUGAUCCUGAGCAAGGAGGACUUUGAGUUGGCGCUCAAGGAGGCCGGGGAGAAGCUGGUAGCCGUGGACUUCUCAGCCACCUGGUGUGGGCCUUGCAGGAUCAUCAGGCCCCUUUUCCGGUCCCUGUCCUUGAAGUAUGAGGAUGUGGUGUUCCUGGAAGUGGAUGCUGAUGAGUGUGAGGAGCUGGUGAGAGACCUAGAGAUCAUUUGCAUCCCAACCUUUCAGUUUUAUAAAAAAGAAGAAAAGGUGGGAGAAUUUUGUGGUGCUGUUAAAGAAAAACUCGAAGCAAGCAUUGCAGAAUUAAAGUAA